CGUUGAUCUAUAGCAUGCUGGCUAAGUUUCUGACACGUAUAGAAGAAGUAACUGAUCGACUUCACAUUUGUGUUGAAAAUCCGAUUCUUGUCCCUUAUGUUCAGGUAUGGUGCAGAAGAUUUUCAAACUGGUUUCAAGUUGAUGAAGGCAUAUCUUGCCUUUCCGAUUCUGUCUGGUUGACUUUGAUGUCUUCAUCCGUUCUGCCUGUAGUUGAAACGAUGCUUCUUAGCCAGAUAAGUGAAGGAGGUCACCUCUGUUAAAUCUCUCCCAUUGAUGGUGAUUGAUGCUGGUUGUUGUUGCUGUUGCUGUUCUUUGGUUAUCUUCAUCACCUUUGUCUUCUCUAUGCUCACUUGGAGUCCUGUUAUCGGUGACUCUCCAGUCAGUUUGCUGCUUUUCGCCUGUAAGUCUUUUAGUUAAUGUUACAUUAGACAUAUAUCAUCUGCGAAAUCCAGAUCUUUUAGAGUCUUCUUAAAGGUGGUUCAGCGUAUUUUUGACUCCUGGCCCCCAACAGUCUGACGCACAAUC